AUGUCCAAAGACGCCGUCUUCGUUCCUGGUGUGUGGGGCCCGUAUCGCGACGUGUUGAUCCCAGGACACUGGCUCGCUGAGGGUGGCCAGUCGGCCACGGGCGAACUGCUGCGUCACGUCGUCGACAUUCACCCCGCCUACGGCGAGACAAACGCGCUCGCGCAAGCCGAGAGCAAGAACAUCUACGAGUACCUAAACUCGCACCUCGCCCAGAUGGUCGAGAAGCAGGGCGCGCCGACCAUCUCAUACCUCGGCCGCCACUUCUUCCUGUACGGCGACCUCUGGGGCAACCGCUCGCCCGUUGCAGACGCCAACAUGAAGGGUGCUGUUAUUGGUCUGUCGAGCGACAAGAGCACCGACAACCUCGCGCUGUGGUACUAUGGUGUGAUGGAAUUUAUCGCGAUGCAGACGCGCCAAAUCAUCGAGGAGAUGAACAAGGCCGGCCACGUCAUCUCGUCCAUCUUCAUGAGCGGUUCCCAGUGCCAGAACCCCGUGCUCAUGGACCUGCUGGCGACUACAUGCGACAUGCCCGUGUUGAUCCCUCGCUACGUCAACGCAGCCGUGGUGCACGGCGCUGCCAUGCUCGGCGCCAAGGCCGGCAGUGCCGACGAGGAGGGCCGCACCGAGGGCCUCUGGAGCAUCAUGGACCGCAUGAGCAAACCCGGCCGUUUGGUGAAGCCGGGCAAGAACAAGAACGAGAAGACUCUAUUGGAUGCCAAGUAUGGUGUCUUCCUUGAGCAGUGCCGCACGCAGCAGGAGUACCGCAAGAAGGUGGACGAGGCUCUGUCUUCGUGGCCCGAAGCGCAGAAGGCCUGA